AGAGAGAGAGAAUGGUCAUAUCAGUCUGUGUGAAGGGUCGGUCGACAAGGAUCGUGUCAGACUACAAAUGAUGAAACAUCGUGAACGGAACACUACACCGACUCAAAUUCCUAAACCCAAUCGCGAGACCGACUCGAUGAUUAUGGCCACCGCUGACUCAGCAGUGAGAAGUUUAUCAGAAGUCGAAAAAUACCUUAACAGCCGGAACGAAAUGGCUGAAAGGAGCAGUGGCGAAGGGAACAGCCUGAACAUUCCGGAGUCAAUGUGUCGAGGCAGCUCGGAGAACAACCUAGAUCUAGAUCUGAGCGGCAUCCCAGACUCCCAACGCUACCUAGACUCCUCCCACCGCAGCUUAGACUCCUCCUACCGCUCCCUGCCCCCCGGACUCAACAGCCUGCAGCAGAAGAUCCUCCGGGUGACUGAAGAGUUGAAGAUUGAGCAGGAGGCUCGUGAUGACAAUGUGGCUGAGUACCUGAAAUUGGUGAACAGUGCCGACAAGCAGCAGGUGGGACGCAUCAAGCAGGUGUUUGAGAAGAAGAACCAGAAGUCAGCCCACAGCAUCGCCAACAUGCAGAAGAAGCUGGAGCAGUAUCAUAAGAAGAUGAAGGACAGCAGUGAGAAGGACGCCAGCUCCAAACACCACAGCAGUCCCAAGGAGACCUCCAAGGACAGGCUGAGUCUCACCGACAUGAGCAGUGGUAGUGGACGACACCCCACGGACAAGAUCAAGACUGUAGGGCCUGGCGUCUCACUCUCACCGCCAUUCUUCUUCAGCAAGCCCCGCGACUUUGCCAACCUCCUCAGGAACAAGUUUGGCAGUGCCGACAACAUCGCCCACCUCAAGACCUCCCUGGACACGCCCAAUUCCUUCCGCUGUGAAGGCACUGGGCGGGCCCUGAGCGGCAGUGUCACCAUCGGGGAUGGGAAGACCGCGACCCCCGCCGCCACAACGACCCCCAAGUACACCAGCGACGACGAGUGUUCCUCUGGCACGUCCCUGUCUGCGGACAGCAACGGGAACACCUUGGCUCAUGGGGUUGGGCUGGGUCUAGAAGGCGGUUCGGGGGCUGCAGUGACUCCUGGACAGAGCCUGGAGGUUGGGGACGGCCAGGGCAGGCUUGACAUGACCAUGGAGGAGGUGAGGGAGAUCAGGGAGACCCAGGGGCAGCUGGAGGAGGACAUGGAAACACUCAGGACCCAGUUCAAGAAAGACUACGGUUUCAUCACCCAGACGCUACAGGAGGAAAGAUACAGGUAUGAGCGGUUGGAGGACCAGCUGAAUGACCUGACAGAGCUCCACCAGGCGGAAACAGCCGACCUGAAACAGGAGCUGGCAAGCAUCGAGGAGAGAGUAGCCUACCAGGCCUAUGAAAGAGCCAGGGAUAUACAGGAAGCUCUAGAGUCGUGUCAGACGCGGGUCUCUAAACUAGAGCUCCAGCAGCAGCAACAACAAACUGUACAGCUCGAGUCCAGUGACGCCAGGGUGCUUCUGGGUAAGAGCAUCAACAUCAUGCUCGCCCUCGUCACCGUGAUCCUCGUGUGCGUCUCCACGGCCGCCAAGUUCGCCGCACCCCUCCUGAGGAGCCGACGCCACGUGAUGGGCACCUUCCUGGGCAUGUGUCUGCUGGCGCUAUUCUGGAGGAAUUGGGAUAAUUUUCAGCGUGCUGUGGAGAGUGUCCUAGUGUCAGCCUAAUGCUGCCCACAACCACACACAGCAACAAAUGAUCUCCGGGCGGAUCUCAGAGCGCAGAACAUCAAAAUAGUCUAUUUAUAAGUGAUUAGAACCUACAGUGGUGAGGUUCUACAGUAUAGCGUUGGUCUUGGUGCUUCCUUGGUGGGGGAGAAUGGAUCUGUGAAAACAUGGUCACUGACUGGUGAAUCUCACCAGCCAGAAUAACGCUGAAUAUCAAGUCAAUGUGAGGUGCAAGAACAGACAUCAUAACAACAGACGGCUGAGAAUGUUGUAAUCCUUGAUUUAAUGCUGGUUCUCCCCAAUGUUAAGUCAUAUCACGAGAGUCUACUUCCUGUUCACUCCUAAGAUUUCCAUUGGUCAGAAGAGGAUGAUGCAGUCCACAACGUCACACUGCGACAAAUGAUCUCCGGACUCAGUCAGAACUCCAUCAGAAUGGUGUAUUUGUAAGUGAUGAAGAUCAGAAGGAGUGGGAUCGAGCCUGAUGGUUUUAGACAGGGGACUUGGGUUUAACCAUGGUUACUAACUUACUGUUCAUUAUACAAUUUGGAUCUCAAUCUCCCUGGUCUCUGAUGGGAUUGGUGGAUUGGUCACGGAACAUAAUCAUCAAGUCUGAACAGUUCUGUUGCCUCACUGUCGUCUCAUGGUCGGAGAGGUUCAUCGGUCUUCAUGGACGCACACACACACGCACGCACACACACACACACACACACACACACACACACACACACACACACACACACACACACACACACACACACACACACACACACACACACACAUAUCUUGUUUUAUUGUUUUUAAUGAUUGUGUCCCAUAAGGCACCCUAUUCCCUAUAUAGUGCACUACUUUAGACCAGAGCCCUAUGGGGCCUGUAGUGCACUACUUUAGACUAGAGCCCUAUGGGGCCUGUAGUGCACUACUUUAGACCAGAGCCCUAUGGGGCCUGUAGUGCACUACUUUAGACCAGAGCCAUAUGGGGCCUGUAGUGCACUACUUUAGACCAGAGCCCUAUGGGGCCUGUAGUGCACUACUUUAGACCAGAGCCCUAUGGGGCCUGUAGUGCACUACUUUAGACCAGAGCCCUAUGGGGCCUGUAGUGCACUACUUUAGACCAGAGCCCUAUGGGGCCUGUAGUGCACUACUUUAGACCAGAGCCCUUUGGGGCCUGUAGUGCACUACUUUAGACCAGAGCCCUAUGGGGCCUGUAGUGCACUACUUUAGACCAGAGCCCUAUGGGGCCUGUAAUGCACUACUUUAGACCAGAGCCCUAUGGGGCCUGUAGUGCACUACUUUAGACCAGAGCCCUAUGGGGCCUGUAGUGCACUACUUUAGACCAGAGCCCUAUGGGGCCUGUAGUGCACUACUUUAGACCAGAGCCAUAUGGGGCCUGUAGUGCACUACUUUAGACCAGAGCCAUAUGGGGCCUGUAGUGCACUACUUUAGACCAGAGCCCUAUGGGGCCUGUAGUGCACUACUUUAGACCAGAGCACUAUGGGGCCUGUAGUGCACUACUUUAGACCAGAGCCCUAUGGGACCUGUAGUGCACUACUUUAGACCAGAGCCCUAUGGGGCCUGUAGUGCACUACUUUUGACCAGAGCCCUAUGGGGCCUGUAGUGCACUACUUUAGACCAGAGCCAUAUGGGACCUGUAGUGCACUACUUUAGACCAGAGCCCUAUGGGGCCUGUAGUGCACUACUUUAGACCAGAGCCAUAUGGGACCUGUAGUGCACUACUUUUGACCAGAGCCCUAUGGGGCCUGUAGUGCACUACUUUUGACCAGAGCCCUAUGGGGCCUGUAGUGCACUACUUUUGACCAGAGCCCUAUGGGGCCUGUAGUGCACUACUUUUGACCAGAGCCCUAUGGGGCCUGUAGUGCACUACUUUAGACCAGAGCCAUAUGGGACCUGUAGUGCACUACUUUAGACCAGAGCCCUAUGGGGCCUGUAGUGCACUACUUUUGACCAGAGCCCUAUGGGGCCUGUAGUGCACUACUUUUGACCAGAGCCCUAUGGGGCCUGUAGUGCACUACUUUAGACCAGAGCCAUAUGGGACCUGUAGUGCACUACUUUAGACCAGAGCCCUAUGGGGCCUGUAGUGCACUACUUUUGACCAGAGCCCUAUGGGGCCUGUAGUGCACUACUUUUGACCAGAGCCCUAUGGGGCCUGUAGUGCACUACUUUAGACCAGAGCCCUAUGGGGCCUGUAGUGCACUACUUUUGACCAGAGCCCUAUGGGGCCUGUAGUGCACUACUUUUGACCAGAGCCCUAUGGGGCCUGUAGUGCACUACUUUAGACCAGAGCCCUAUGGGGCCUGUAGUGCACUACUUUAGACCAGAGCACUAUGGGGCCUGUAGUGCACUAUAUAGCGAGGAUGCCAUUUGAGAUGUACUCGGUGGACUCUGUUUCAUGUCUUACAGACAGACUUUUCUCAUUUCUUCCUUAUUGCCUGCAGUCACACGUUUGUCAUCUUUUAAAACUGACUUGGUUUGUUUUCUUAUUUUAUUGGAUACAUUGUAAAAGUGCAAUAUGUUGUUUGAUACAUGUUUUUUUUAAUGACUUUGUUGUUGUUUUUAUUUAGAAAAUAAUUUAUAGAGAAGUGAGGAGGUGCUGAC